CGGAACCAUUUGUUGAUUAUUUGGUGGUGACACGGAAAGCGCGAGGAUGCACACAUUGGUGAAUCGGGAUUAGUUAAUUACGUCAGACUGCGUUCGUCCAGUCAAACAUCAAAUCGUACUUUAAACACUGUCACAGCGAACGACGUGCUUGUCUUGAUGAGCGAGCAAACACGAUGAAGAGUUAAGCCGUCCGCGCCAAGGGGGUAACACACACAGGCAUGGAGAUCUUGAUAUUGCCGACGAGACAUGUUCUUCGUCUUCUUCUUCUAGCAUUCGUCAUCCUUCCAGCCAGUUCCAUCAUAUGCAGUCAAUGUCAACCCAACGCCAUGUUAGAUGUCACGUGUGCAAACAAGACGACGGUUGGGCCAUGCGGGAACGACCCGAACGGGCGCGCGUACAACGCGUGCUACACCACCAGCAAGGUAGAAGACUUCCCUUUUGUCGGCGUGCGGUUCUCGCAGGAGAAAGGCUGCGCUUUCAAGGCUGAGUGCAACUUUCUAAGGACGAUCAAGUGCGAUGAUAUCGACGGGUUUUUAAAAAGCUGUGAGCUUUCGUGUUGCACUGGGGAUAAUUGUAAUGAAGCGCUGUCCUUGGGGAUGUCAGAGCUAUCUACAGGUGCUACCAUAUCAAUGGAAUCACAACAGGAAAUGACGUCAUCGAUGUUUCCUACGCAUGCGCAAACGGUAGGAAUAAGUCCCACAACGAGUAGUAGCGCGGUCGCGCCUUCAUCAGUUGUGAGUCAGCCGACCAAUGAGACUUUGCCUACGGUAGGGAAAAGUAGCGCUGACGGGAUGAUGACGUCACGUUGCUUAGUAACAGGCAUGGUGUUCACGAUAUAUAGGGUUCUUAGAGAUAUGCUUUAAAAUUAUAUAUUAAAAAACAGAGUAUAGACCAUGGGGUAGUUUAUUUUAAUAGAUAGAGUUGUCAACCUAGACAGGAACUAGCUAUGAAGUCCCUGAAUUCCAUCACUCUACAUUUCUGCAAGGUCUAUCUAAUAUGAGUAUUUCAUUUAUAGGGAUCGCACUAUAGUCAUGCUAGAUUCAUAGUUAUCCAGCUAUCUAAAAAAAUAAAGCUGAGCCGGCUGCUUAUGAUUUUUAUUAUGUCUGACUCACACUAUCUAAAAGCAAGACAUAUGUUUUUGUGGCAUGGGUCAGUCAUGGGGACUGGGGACUAACAUGGUUGUGACCUCGAUGAGAGGUUCUUUCGGAGAAGCAAGGUUUCUUAGGACCCUGAUUGAUUGGGGGAGUUGGGGGAGUGGGGACUUCAGGCUUCAGACCCAAUACCCAACUUGCUGAAGUGGUGCCCUCCCUAUAGUGCUGUAGCGUAGCAGGCCUCGAAAUAUUGGGGGCACAAUAAAAAAAACAUUAAGAAAAUAUUUUAGGGCACGGUUACUCCACUGCUGUCACUUUCUUUAUAAUUCCCCCAUUCUAUAUAAUGCCCCCAGCCCCCGCUCGGGCAAGCAAGGCACAGGGACGGGAUACGCGAGCGUGUGGACUGUGAACUAGCCGCUGAUACCAAGAUACAGGGGAACUCAUUUAAGACCUAGAGCCUGGGCCACCUCUGGUUAGCUUGGUGCUCAAAGGAGGGAUUGGAACUAUUUGUAACUCAUUAAUAACAAGCAGUGGAGGGGGUAUUAAACGAACGGUCAAAUAAAUGCUUUCUUCUA